GAAACCGUCUUCCGGCUUCAGAACGACGUCGAUUCCGCUCGGGUGCGGUAUGUUAUGUGCUCUCUGAAUACCUUUCUCCCACCGAGAAACGAACGUCGCCGAAAAUCUACCUCGGAUGCGGCCUUCCACGUCGCACAGCAGGGACGAUCACUUCAUCUGGGACGACCUCGGGACCAUUCAGCAACUCGACAAGUAGGUGACGGUGUCCUGGAAGCGAGCUUGCCGUCCGUUGUGUACCAUCCAACCACACCUUCCCUGAUAUGCUGUGCUGAAGACCCAGUGUCGACGACAAGAAGGCGGUCUCCUCAAUCACGAUUUGAGUAUUGUGACUUGGCUGUGCCUGGUUGGAACAUUCAACGAAUGUGUGUUUGAUCAUGCCGACUUCGAGGUUGCCACCUCCCGAGAAGGGGUGUACAGAUCUGUCAGAGAGGAUGGUGCAAAAUGAUCAAAUUCGAGAUAGCUUUGAGCAACCUUUGGUUUGAUGAUCUUAUUUGAAGGAGUUGAUUUCCACUGUUCCUACUCUUCAGAUCUGGCAGACCACCUUGGGCAAGAACAGGCAAAAUGCUCGUCUACUACUCUGCUCCAGCGAUCUUAUUCGGCAAUCUGUUGUUGGUCUCCGCUCUUCCGCGCCUCCAUAUCUGGAGCCAUGAAACCGAAGUCAUUGAUGACAGCAAUGGCAUCUGCGACACUUCCGACGACACCUGUCCCUGGUUACCGUACCGCCUUUCACAACUGCAAGGCACACCAAUCGAUGAAGGUGACAUGAAUGACCUGCAUCACCUGGCCAUUGACAACGUACAAGGUGCGACCGGACCUGCAGCUAUCAUAUUCCCUCCAACACCUACCUUGAAGAAGGACGUGGUCGCCACGACCACACCGUGUCCUUCAACAAUGAUAACUUCCGCCCUGCUGAACCUGCAACCUCGUGCGGCGAUGCCCGGCCCCAUGAAGGACAUACCAGACAUUCCCAAGAGCGACCAGGAGCAAGAAUCUGCCGGCCCGCCGCCUGGACAACCCACACAUCCACCAGAGCAAAUGAUCCCUUGCGGAAGAUGGGGCAGCUGCCCGAAGGGCUAUGACUGGUUUCCAUUGUUCAUGGGCUGUUUUUGCCAGUGGAAUCCAACGACCACGAUCAUGAUCCCAAACUCCAUGUAG